GGUCAAUCCCACUAUUUCCCAAUUGGUCGCCACUCAUCCCACGCCAAUUGGUCAACGCGAAUACUCGUGAAAUUCCCGCGACCCGGCUAUCUGAACGGCAAUUUUUACUAACCCGGAGGAUGGACGUCCGACCUUACUUGAAUGUCUCCACGACUGUCCCUGUUUCCCCCUCCAUAAACCAGACAGAAAUGCCAGACGUCUGGGAGUACCUAAUUCCCAUACGCGGUCUUCGUCGGACUGAACUGGAACUUUUAGUUCCAAUAAGUGUUAUUUACAUUACCAUAUUUACUUUUGGUUUCUUUGGAAAUGUCAUCCUCCUCUGGGUUAUUCUCGUCAAUCGCUCCUUCCACACACCCAUUAAUUACUACCUUGUAAAUCUCAGCAUCUCAGAUUUACUCAUACUUGUACUUGGUCUUCCUCACGACCUGUAUAUGAUGUGGAACAGGUAUCCAUAUCCGUUUGAGGAGGCCACUUGUCGACUACGCGCAUUCCUCGCAGAAGCCAGCAUGAUCUCAUCCGUGCUUACCAUAACUGCCCUAACCGUUGAACGGUACAUUGCCAUAAUUUACCCCCUGUCUACUGCCAUCUAUGGCUCCAAAAGAAGAACUUGCUCAGAAAGUGGUGGUGGAUUUAAACAAGCAGGUUUGUUUAUGUGUUGUCGGGAUUGGGGAAGGUUUACGAAAGUUCGUAUUACCUUAAUCAUCGUGUGGAUAUUGUCCCCGCUCUUCAGCCUGCCAAUCACCCUGCAGGUCGCCUUGAGUUACAUCUCCCGGAACGAUUCGGCCACGAACUUUCAACCAGUGAUAAUAACUGAGUCAUCCAUCUGCACGGUUUCGGGCGAAGGUGAAGAAUGGUUUUCCUACCCAGUCCUGGCGAGCUUCUUGCUCUUCUUUCUUUUCCCAUUAAUCCUCAUCACCAUCCUCUACAUUCUCAUUCUCCGUGGUGUGCAUCGGUCAAUCCAGUUCACUCAGACUCUACAGACAAGAGGCCAGAUCGAACCAGUGGCGGGUAUUAUGCGGAAUUCUCACCGUCUAGAGAAUGGCCUGACGUCGCCUGCUGAGGCUCCGUGCGUCUUGCCCCUAAGAUCAGGUCGUAGCGUCAUUUUUCGGACGGCACAAGACAAAAAAGAGGUCAGACAACGGCAGCAGUUAUGUCAACUGCAAAAUCAGGCACGGUUACGGACAAACAAAUCCAUGAUCCGGAUACUAGUGUGCAUUAUCAUCGCGUUUUUCACCUGCUUUGCGCCGUUUCACGCGGAGAGGCUGCUGGUGGUCCUUGUGCCUGCUGAGUCAUGGUAUAACAACAAAAUCCUCUGGAAGGUUCACGACGUUCUUUACCACAUCUCGGGAAUUUGUCUGUUUGCAAAUUCCGUCUGCAAUCCCAUUCUUUACAACAUUGUCUUUCGACGCAUUAGAGCCGAGUUCAAGGACGCGCUUGUGUGCUGUGGUAGGAGUCGACGAUUGCGAAGGUCGCGUGGGGAUUCAAACAGUCGUGGGGACAAGACUUUGACCUAUAGACACCCAGCAGAGCUUUCGAUGAUUUCAAGAGAACCAAAAACUGCCGGAUUUUAA